AUGGCGUCGCCUUCUAUUGUGCCAGUUGAGUAUCCGAGGAGAAGGUAUCCGGUUGGAAAAGCACCAUUGCUCAAAAGAAGCUUGCAUCAUAAUUGCAAGUUGGGUGACUUUGAGAAGAUGUUUGAAGCUGUUGGGGAAGACGUUUACAAUGAUAUAAUGAACAACCAUGGAGUUGGAGUCAUUCUGAAGCUGACUUCAUGGAAAAUGAUAUGGGCCAGAAUGAUUAUUAAGGAUAUCCUUUCGAAUGAAUUGGUGACCGACAUGAUUAACGAGAUUUGGUCCUUGAUUGGUGGUCGUCCUGUUAGGUUUUCUCUUCAUGGUUUGGCGAGAUUACUCAGUUGA